AUUUGCUUGUCAAAAAAAAAGGGCCCUUAUUCAGUUUGCUUUACUUCUAUCAUACUGGACGGAGCGACCAGCAAUUUUCUAGAUGGGGAAUAAAGAUGUUCUGGAAGGCGCACUGCCAAUGUUUCUGACAGAGCUGAAUACCCAGGCGGUCUUUGUCCUUCGCUUCAACCCCCAAAUUCUCGACCAAUUAUUUCAGAGCAUUUCGACCAACCCCACCCAGGUCUCUACACUUAAGUUUUCGAGUAAUUCAAUGUUCAUCGACAUUUCGACUCCGGACGGAGUCAAGGUUGUCAAGUUCAACUUCACUAGGGAAGACAAGCCUUGCUUCUUGGUGCAAAGACACUCAGACCAUUGGAGCACAAUUGGCCAAAUUAAGGGAAAAUUCGUUUCUCAGUCCACUGAACUUCUAGCGGUUCCUGCCACAAGAAAGGAUCACCAAGUCAAAUGCACUGAAAUUUUGACACUUGACCCUAAGGAACGCCACAGAGAAGGUCGCAACUCAUCGGAAUUGCAAAGAAAUACCAAAACCAAAGUCAAUUUGAUAAGGCAAACACCGCGAAAAAAAAUAAGAUCUUUGUCGGAUCAGACACCCCGUUUGGUCGCGCCUUCGGUGUCUCCCAGUAGUAAUGUGGCGAACAAAUUGCCGUAUUCAGACUCCUCUUCUUCUUCAUCUUCUUCUUCGUGCUCUGAAGAAGAAGCGAGCUUUUUUUCUGAGCGUCUAGACUUGGCAUUUAGCCGCGACGAUGGCCAUCACGAGUCUCUUUUUUCCAGCACAGACGGGGCAAAAUUGGAAAAAUUGACGGAAAAAGCGCGCGAAGGCAGUGCGAUUGAACUGUCUCCUAUAUUCCAUCCUGCUGCCAAAUUUCCAAAAAUAAACGGCUGUAACGGCUUCUCACAAUCCUCGUCGCGCUCAGCAGAGAAACCAUUAUCUCCGAGUGGAAAAUGCAAAACACCGUCUGAUACCAUUCCCUUAAAUCAGAACUGCACUGCCAUCGAGGAAAAACCUGGAAACACCUCCGCAGGCGAUGCCGUUGAAGCAAACGGGUUCGAAGAAAAUAGGAAUUCCGACAACCUCGCCAAACUCUUUGACCUGAAGUUUAGCGAAGUCACCAUUCCCACUAGCGAUUGGCCACAUUCUCGCUCUAUACAUAGCUAUAGCGACUUCCGAGCUUGCUACGACUCGUUCAAGCGCGCCUGGCCAUAUUAUGUCAAAAUGUACGAGGAACUCGUCCAAUCUCAAUCCAGCUUUCGAACGCUUCUGGCUAUGUACAAUGAGGCUCAACAUCAAGGUGCAAACCACUCAUUCAGACAGCGAAUAGAGGAGUUUUACAACCUUCAAGAACCUAAGUUUUUGUCUCUCAGAAACCAAUACACUCUAAUACACAACGAAAUGAUAACCAUCAGAAAAACCCUUCAGGACUAUUCCACAGAAGUAUCUAAAGCAAAUGGGACUAAAAGCUGUAAAGGCAUCGAAUGACGGAGAGGAUGCGCUCCUACUCACUCAAACGCAUCCCCCUUUUUUUCGACACACCCUCAAUUUUGGCAAACGAUAAAACAUGGAGCCUUUUCCCAGCGAAUUCGUGCCUCAAUCUCUUCCCAUUCGAAAAAUGCAAGUCUCCUUCAAAUCGAGCGUGACCUGCACCCAUGCACGCACGACGCUCGGUGGACGAGGGGUGUAGAAUCUAAGGAAUCCAUCAUCACUCUACGUGGAGAAAUAUUGUAAA